GACAGAAAAACAGCAGCGCGCCGCGGCGCUCCGAGUUUACAUAUACACAACACAACAGUAGCGCGUAAAAGUAUAAUAAGUAUAACGUCGUCGUCGUCGUCUCUCGUUCUGUGCAGCUUGACUCUGUGCUGCAGCAGCAGCAGACUGCACACACACAACGCGACUCGAGCGAAUUACGACAGGUUGCAGCAGCAAGUGACAGUGAUCAAGAGCAGCGCAGUCGUAAUAGGCACGUAUAAUACAAAAAGAGAAGUUAUGUAUUACUUUUUAUUUUCGCGAUAGAGCAACUCCAUACGUAUACGAGGUAAUACACUUCUUUUUUCGCCGAGUGUGUUUGUGUGUGCGAAGCGGCUUCUCCAGGCAUGUAACGAGGGUCAACACCGCAGAGAAUAUAACGUAGUAUUAUACUCUUUAAACUCAGGAUGUCUAGAGAAUUAAAAAUCGUCUUGAUCGGUCUGGCCGCGAUCGUAUCGUUGUUCCUCGUCGUCGAGUCGACCAACAUCGAGGAUUAUCGCGAUUGGCGCGAAUUCAAGGAGUUCCAGGAGUUUCGCGCCUGGAAGCGGCGAGAAGCCGCCGGGUUAACUGCUCCGAGGAAUCGGAAAUCGUAUUACGAUUACGAGCACGGCAAGCGCAACAAGCCCAAUUGGCAUCGCGGCGGCGGUCAUCGUCACCGAGUCGACGAUCUCAACGACUACUACUACUACAACGAGGAUGACGUCGAUUUCUAUCCCAUCGCCGAGGAAGAUCGGCAUAGGAGUCAUGGAAGCCGGGUAGGACCGCCGCCGAUCGAUCAGGCGGCACUGAUGGCUCGAUACAUCGUCAACCAAGCAGGUUGGACCUCGGUGGCGACAAUAAGCUCGCGAAAAGACAUCGAAAGCUAUCCGUUCUGCAAUGUCAUUUCGUUCAGCGAUGGACCUCUCGGGAACGGUACUGGAAUUCCAUAUUUGUUCCUGACACCGUUAGAUUUUACAGCGCAAGACGUUUUUAGGGACAAUCGCGCGACGCUGAUGAUGACCCUGGCACAAGGUCGCUACUGCCGGGCCAUGAAUUACGACCCGAUGGAUCCGCGAUGCGCCCGGGUGGUCUUUUCUGGAUUGAUCAAGCCGAUAAGCAUCGACAAUCCGGAUUAUCCAGCCGCCAAGAGUGCAGUCUUCGGCAGACAUCCGUGGCUGGCUCACAUGCCAAAAGAUCAUCACUUCUUCUUCGCCACGCUGAAGAUCAGCUCGAUCGCGCUGCUGGACACGUUCGGCGGUCCCAAGUACAUCGAGCUGAAGGAUUAUCUGCAUCCGCCGCAGCCCGCGGAAAUUUAGCGCAACACAGUUGGCAGUUGGCUGUAAAAAUAUAUGCGUGUCGUUAAUUUUAUAAUUCAAGAUUAUACGAAAUAAUCGUGUUACAAUCUGCACGUGACCAAAAAAAAUAUGCUGCAUACAAAGGAAUGUGAUCGAUUAUGUACAGAUGAUAAUGCUCGUGUUCCAGUAUUAUGUAGCAUAGCGAGCGAGUUUAUCUAUUUUUUUUUAUUCUCUCCUUUACAUAUAGAUGAUAAUUACUACCCAGUGUUAAAUUUUAUCAAGCGAUUGCGAACAUUUUUUUGCUGCGAUCAAUGAUCUUGAGAUGAGAUAUUGUGACUGAUUUAUACCUCAUGUACAUUUAUUUUUUUUAAAGUUAUUUGUUAUUAUUACGCAACGAUAAACCAAAAAAGUUUCGAAACAA